AUGGCGCAACCGCCACCGGGGCCUGGUAAUGACCCACCGGAUAUCCCCAUGGAGGAGGGAGACCCUCUUUCGCAUUUGGCAAAGAAACAGCAACAAAUGAAACGCUCAUUUGCGGACGCCGUGGCAUCCAUCAACAUCUCCGCGGAGGAACUUCCAUCUCGCGUAGAGGCCAAUGAAUGGGCGUUUGAAGACUUUGACGUGGAGUCUGACACUGAACCUGAUGCGAAUGAUAUUGUCGAACGGAGACCGAGAGUUACGUUCUCGAAGGAAUUACGCAAGGAGUUAUGUAGUGCAUGGAAGAUGGCGCUGAUCAUCAAGUAUCUGGGGAAGAAUAUUCACUGUAAUGUCCUGAACCAAAGGUUGCCGUCCAUGUGGAACCUCCAAGGUAAAAUGACAUUAAUCGAUAUCGGUUAUGGAUAUUUUGUCGCCCGCUUUGAUAGUAAAAUAGAUUAUCUACACGUUCUCCUCGACGGACCGUGGAAAAUAUUCGACAAUUACCUUGUUGCUCAGCGAUGGGAGCCGGAGUUCAGACCUCGUACAGCCAAACUCUCAAAAAUGGCAGUUUGGGUCAGACUCCCCGAAUUGCCGAUGGAAUACUUCCGGGAUGACACCAUCAAAGCUAUUUUGACUAAUGUGGGAAAGCCACUCAAACUUGACAAAACUACAUCCAUUGCAACGAAAGGGAGGUUUGCAAGAGCAGCGGUUGAAGUAGAUCUAAACAAACCGUUGGUUUCCGAUGUGUUACUUGGGAACUCGGUCCAACUAGUUGAGUACGAAGGGUUGCACGUCGUCUGCUUCAACUGUGGUGUGGUUGGGCACCGGGAGCAGUCCUGUCCGGAAUCAAAUCGCCGGAAAGUGAGACACCAAAUAUGGACACCAACAGCGAAGCAGCUCCAGUAG